GCUUUAAUUAACUGUUUUCUCUUGUGAUUUUAAUUGUUAAUUGUUAAUUAACAGCGACGUUAAGUGAACCUUCGAAAGGGAAAGGUGAUGAUACGAAAAGAGUAGAAAAAGAGAGAGAGAGAAAGAAAAAGAAAGAAAAAUGGUGAGUGAGAAAGAAAGAGAGAGUAAAGUGAAAACUUGAUUUCUCUCAUUAUGUUCACUAGUUUUUUUAGUUUCUCUCUUUUAAUCGUUACCCAAACAACUACAAUUUUGGAUAAACUGCAACAAUUAAAUUUCUUUCAUCUUAUUCAAUUGUGUUAGUAUAUUAAUAAUAUUCUCUGUUUUUAUUUUAUUCUAUUUCAUCGUUUGGUUUUCUCCUAAAUAUAUUCAUCAAACUUUUAUGUGUCAAUCAAAUCUCAAACCAAUGGGAGGAAGAGACUUUAACAGAGAUUAAUCAAUUUGUCAGCCAUUUUGUUAACUUUUGUUUCUCUCACAUUGACAUUAUUGGUAAUCACUUCUUUGUCUCUCUCGCAUUUUGAUAUAAUCUUUAAAUUUCUCUUCCAUCUUAAUCUCUUCAUCGUCAUUGUGUCAUCAUCAUCUGUUUAUAUCAUCAACUUGCUCGUUACUUUUACAAUUUGGAUAAUUAUUUUGUGCGUUUUUUUUUUGUGUUAAUUCAAUUUUGUUGACAUUUCGCAAAACAUUCAACUUUUUUUCUGCACAAUUGUGUAACACCAAUCAACGACAAUUUUAUAUAAACUAAUCCAUUUUUACUAAUUUACUUUUAACUUGUCGACUUUUUUUACCUUUGGAUAAAUCAUAAUGGAUGUUAAUGUGUUCAAUGAAACAUGGGAUGUAAUCAGAUCAAUUAAUCAAAUAUUCGAAGGUGGUAAGAAAUCCUAUUUGGCCAGUAUUGAAAGUCUAGAGGACAGUGAUUCAGGCGGAGAUGGUAGUGAAAAUGUUUCAACAAGCGACAACAACACGACAACCACAAGCCCAACCACCAAUACCACCACCAGCAGCAGUAGCAACAACAACAUCAACAUUAAUAACAACAUCACCACCAUUAACAAUAUCAACUAUAAGAAAAACAAUAAUAUUAUUAACAUCAACAACAACAAUAACCAUAAUAAUCUUAGCAAUCAUGUUGAUCAUGAUGAUAAUUCAAUUGUAAUGAAUUAUACUGAACAUGUUAUCAUGGAAAUAGUUGAAACCGAAAGGACUUAUGUGAAUGAUUUAUCAGAGAUUAUCGAGGGUUAUCUUAUUUAUUUCAAAAGGCUUAUAUCUAAUCAAGGCUCAACACCACCAACGACAACAACAACAACCUCAUUAUCAUCUUUAUCAACACCAGCAUCAUCGACAUCAUCUUCAUCAUCACGCAACAAGUGCUUUAUUUGUGUUGAUCAACUAUUUGGUAAUAUUGAGGACAUAUUUAAAUUUAACUCCAAAUUUCUCAGUCAAUUGGAAGAUUGUGAUUUUAAGCCACGUCGGAUUGCAAAGUGUUUUAUCCAACAAUCAAAAGGAUUUGAUGUUUAUACACAAUAUUGUACCAAUUAUCCAAGAACUGUUUCUCUACUCACCGAUCUCAUGACAAACAAGGAAACUGCUGAGAUAUUCCGAGAGAGACAACUAUUUUUAAAACAUAGUCUUCCAUUGGGUUCCUAUCUUCUCAAGCCAGUUCAAAGGAUCUUGAAAUAUCAUCUACUACUUCAGAAUAUUGUUAAAGACAAUGAUUUAGAUGAAAGUGGUGAAGAUGAUAUUUACUAUCUUCGUCAAGCUUUAUCCGUUAUGACCAAUAUAGCUGCUCAUAUAAAUGAGAUGAAAAGGAAACAUGAACACGCUGUCCGAGUCCAAGAGAUACAAUCGCUUCUUUAUGGUUGGGAGGGUCAAGAUUUAACGACAUACGGUGAGCUUGUUGCCGAAGGAUCAUUUCGGAUGAUUGGAGCUAAAGCUGUACGACAUUUGUUUCUCUUGGACAAGAUGCUUUUAAUUACCAAGAAACGUGAAGACGGAUUACUUUCUUAUAAAGCUCAUAUCAUGUGUUCCAAUCUUAUGGUAAUUGAAAGUAUAGAGGGUGAACCAUUUUGCUUUCAAACUAUACCUUUUGACUGUCCUCGUAUUCAAUAUACUUUUCAAUCACGUAACCUGGAUCAUAAACGUGAAUGGUGUUUACAAUUGAAAAGGUUAAUGUUGGAAAAUUAUCCAAUGCCGAUUCCCUCCAAUGCAAAGCAAAUUGUCAUGAAAUUGGGUUUACCUUCAUCUUUUAGUUCAACGGGAAGUAAUGGAAAGUCUGGAUCAGGUUCUGGUAAAGAAUCGGGUUCAGGUAAAAGUGGUUACGGAGGUGUGGGCUCAGGUAGGCGAACACCUUCAGCCCCAGAAUAUUUGGAGAAAAGGAAACAAGAGAGACGUAAAUCAUCAGAUAGUAGUCAUUCAACAACUAGUAAUGGUGGUGGUGGUGGAAGUCUUCAUAAAGGUUUUAAGUUGAGAAAGUCAUUGAAAAAGAUUCAACCGUUUGACCUUACAAUGAUGAAUGGAUCUAAAAGAUCACGAAGUGCCAGUACUGAUGAAACAGCCAUGAACUUAUUGAAAAGAGAGGAGUCACUUAAGAUUGAUAGGAGAUCAAGUUUGGGAACCAUUACCAAGCCCCCAAGUCUCCAGGAAGAAGAGCCAAUAACAAGUCAAACUAAUAAUACCAAUAAUAGUCUACUAAUAACUUCCUGUGAUGUAGUCAAAGACGGUUAUCAUCUUAAUCAUCAUCAUCAUCCUCUUGUUUCUCAUCAAAAUUAUAAAUGUAAUAGUAAAACAAUGGACUGUUUAACUGUACCAUCUUCAUCUUCCUCAUCAUCACCUUCUUCAUCAACAUCAUCUCUCUUACCAAUAAUAUGCAGUACAAAUAAUAAGAUGACAAAAAUAUCUCCCUCAUCAAUAGUAACCUCAUCAUCGACGACAACUCUUUCAACCACCACAAGCUCCAAUUCCUCAUUGGCAAGCCUGGAAAAAUCUCUAUUACUUGGUGAUAAUAUGGACGGUCUUGGAAAUGGUAAUGAACGAUGUUAUUGGUCUGGUCUUCGUCGAUCUAGUUCAAGAUGUUCCGCUCGUAAAUUGGCCAAUGAUUAUCUUAAACGAGCAUCAAUUAGUGAAUCGGGUUAUGGUGAUGAUUAUGUUUCCUUUUAUUUUUGCAAUAACGGUUUAAGUAGGAGAGAUUCAAUCAAUGGUAGUAUCAUGAGUUCCAAUGGUAUUGUUAAUAACAAUGGUUCUAAUGGAAACAGUAAUUGCUCUGAUAUUGUUAAUCGUGAUCGAUCAUCAACUAAUCAUGGUUUUAGUUUAUCUUCAGGUUCUAGUGAAUUAAGUAUGACUUCAAUGGUUUCAUCAACACCCUCCGAUAAUGAUUCAAUUAUGUGUAUAUGUAAAGCUUAUCGUCAAUUGAAUUCACGGUCAACACCCCGACAGGGACAAUCAUCUUCUUCUUCCUCAUCAUCAUCAUCAACCUCUUCAUCAACCUCAUCAUUUACCGAUACUGGUUUAAAUUCUGUCACCGGAUCUAAUAAUCAUAUUGGAAUUGAAUCUUCUUUCGAUGAAUAUAUUCCCUGUCUUUGUGGGUCAACUUGUGAACAACGAUCUCGUCUCUUUAAUUCAAAUUCUGGUGAAGAUUCUGGUCUUGGUAGCAUUUGCUCUGGAAGUUCAUCUAAUUCAUCAUUUUCAUCCGCUCGAACCUCAACCCCACUUUCAGCUGGCUCAUCUGAACUUAGCAUGGCUUCAUCAUCUCAUUCAUCAUCAACAGAUGAUUAUCACCAUAUCCUAUCAACACUAGCCGGUGGAAUUGGUAAUCUAGAUUUAACCGAUCAUCCUGGUUCCUCUUCCGGUCAUAAUGUCCGUCGUGCUCAAUCAUUUACCGGAAUGGUGAAAACCAAAACAGCUCUAUUAACCCAUACACUUUCAUUUCGACAUGCACCUCAAUUAGAUUUACCCCCUUGUUGUAACCUAACCCACACCCAUCAGAAUCAAAAUCAAUACCAUCAUCAUCACCAUCAUCACCCUCACCAUCAGAAUAACAGUCAACAACAGCAAAAAUAUAACAAUAACCCUCACCACCACCACCAUCAUCAUCAUUACAACAAUCAUCAUCGAUCACAACUUCAACAAAAUAAUUUCUCUUCCCAACCACAAUCUCAUCAAGAGGAACAAUUAACAGAAGAGAAACAACAACAACAAGUUUAUCAAAAUAAUGAUAAUUCACAUUCUGAUGAUUCGGCUCAUGAUAUCUCCUCUUCAUCCUCAUCAUCUCAUCACCACAAUCAUCAUCAUUAUCCUAGACCAUUAAACAGCACAGAAUUAAGCCAAACAACAUCUUGCUCAUCUUCCUCUUCAACAUCGCCCACUUCAUCAUCCGCAUCAACAACAACAACAACACCACCAUUUUCCUCUUCCUCUCUACCUUCACCCCUGUCAAAUGUAUCAUUUUCACGUGAUCCAUCCAGUGUCCGACUCCCGUCAUCAAGCUCGCUGGAAGAAAUGAGUCCAACCUCGCCAGCGAUUUGGUUAAGGAAACAAUCUGAACACUUUCCACCCGCUUGUAAAAAGGGAGGCUCGCUGCCAAGAAGUUUUGAAUCAACAGCAUUCACAACAUCAAGCCAAUUGUAAUAAUAAUUGUACUCCCUUUACCCUUCAUCCUUCAUCCACCUCCUCCAUCUUUUUUGCUUUCUUUUGAUAAUUAAUUGAUAUAAUUAACUUUUUUUUUCGACAAAAAAAAAGUCGCAAUGACAACAUCAACAAAGAGAUAUAAACAUCAUAUAACACACACAAAGAAAUUAAUUGUAAUGACAAAAUCUAUUAUGAAGAUACUAUGUAAAUCUUUACUUCAUCCUCAUCUCUCCAUCUUUUCCCUCUCUCUCUCUCUCUCUCUCUCUUUAUCCCCCUUUUCCGCUUUUCCUUUCUCACUUUUGCCAUCACUUGUAAAUAUAUUUGUCUUCCUCAUCAUCAUCAUCUUCUUACAAUUAACUUUCUCUACCAAUUUUUUUGCCUCUUGUUUUUACACAGAAAAAACAACAUUUGAAAAAUACUUGUCUCUUUUUUUUUGUAAAAACGAUACAAUCACUUGAAUCUAAUUAAUAUUAUUUACAAUUAAAUUUAAUUAUAAUA